AUGGCGCUAUCUACUUCCACUUACCCAGUUGACGCUGUGGCGGUGUCACCCAACGCUGUCAUUGCGCCCAUCGCUUCUUGGGACCUCGCCGGCGAGGUGGCCGGUCUGUUCUGCGACGUGAGGAGGGCUGUCGGGCUCCUCCCGACCUCCACCAAGAGCGCGAUGGUGGCUAAGAUGGCCGCCACCGCGUACCGUUGGGUGGAGAACGUCCCGACCAGCGACAUCAAUUUCAAGAUUAACGGUGGCAACAUCAUCGGCGAAACUGAUGUGAUGUGGAUUUGA